CGACUCUGAUUCUGAAACCAUCCUCUUUCUUUAUAUGGCUCUCUUGUAUUUGUAGUUAUCUUGCUCUCUCUUUUUUAAUCUCCUCUAUCAAAUCUUCUUCGUCUUCUUCAGUUAUGAUGGAUCUUCAAACUGUCUGCUGCUUGUGCGGCGACGUUGGUUUCCCCGACAAACUCUUCCGCUGCAACAAAUGCCACCACCGCUUUCAACACUCGUAUUGCAGUAACUAUUACAGCGAGUUGGCGGAGCCGAUUGAACUGUGUGAUUGGUGCCAAAGCGAAGAAACAAACACGAGGCACGGAAGUUCUUCGAAGAAACCAUCGGGUGGGAACGGAACUGGAAUGAUUGUAAAGCGAUCGGAGUAUUCGGGUGACAAAAUCAAGCAACAAGAUCGAGACGAGAGUGGUGAGGAUCAUAAAGGGAAGAGCAGUGGCACUCCUUCUCCUAGGCCAACGACACGCAGGUACAAGCUUCUCAAGGAUGUCAUGUGUUAAAA